AUGUUUUGUGUUGUGCCUAGAUUCGCCAAGCAGCGGCUUACGACGCGAAUAUACGAUGCCGGCACCAAAGCGUCGCUCAAGGUGUAUCACCUGCAGGAGUACGCCAGGUACCGAGCGGGCUUAACGCCAUCGGCAUCUCCAGGGGAUUCUACGGCUCCGGGCAGAAAUGUACGCCCAGAUGCAGCGCGGGACAUACCGCUUUUUCGGAAGAUAGAGGAUUGGAGGCAAAUAGUAGCAGAAGUUGAUGAGUGCGUUCGUGAGCUGUCACCGGCGCAACUGCUGGCGACUGCUAUCGCAUAUUGGCGUCUAGGACGCGUUGGACGAUCCGAGUGGAAGCGGCUCUGCUCGGCAGCGGCGCGGCACGCCUACGGACCACAUGCAAACGUCACUGGCAUAUCCGCCAGUGAGGUUGCGCUGAUACUGUGCUGCUAUGCCCGCGUGUUCAACAAGCCUGUCCACUCAUCAACCAGCUUAUUGCGGUGGCUGGUGCGCGACGUUGGCGCGCUUAACGAACGUGACGUAUGCAUGACCCUGUUCUACAUGAGACGGAUGCGCUUAAUUCCGCCAGUGUUGGACACAUCCGAAGACACUUCAAGCGCAGCUAUUCUGAGGGCCAUUGUACUUGGUUUGGCUGCGGAGGGUGGUAACAAGUUGCCCAAGUUCUCCCCUGGCGGACUGGCCUGCCUGGUGUCGAACAUCACGUAUAUCGGACAUAUACCGUGGGGGUUAAUCUACCAUGCGUGUAACCUCAUACGGAAGCAUGCUGCGAGGCUGGAUCCGAAAACCAUGGCCAUGCACGUCAGGUCGCUCGCCAUGUUACGCUUUCCUGACAAGGGCACGCUCAAGGUUUUCGCGACACUUCUCGACACGCAAAAACCGCUGCCCACCGCGACUAUCGCAUGUGUAUUGCACUCGUAUGCCAAGCUGAGGUUCAGGCCGCGGAAGCAUUUCGCUGCGCUGGUUGAGCAGGUGCACAGGGGGAUCUUUUUGUUUCAAGAUCAUGAAGUUGCCCAGGUGGCCUUUGCAUUGGGGCAAUUGGGUUAUCGCAAUGAGGAAGUUUUUGAAAGCAUCUUCGCCUUCGCAGAGAAUCGAGCCGAGCACCAGAACCCACAGAACAUAUCAAUGCUCAUGCAAUCGUUCGCCAAGGUCGGAAUGUACCAUCGUGGAGCCGUGAAUGCUCUUCUGCAGCAGGCGAAGGACACCGUGGCUGCCUUCACGCUUAAGCAGAGCGUGGCAGUGCUAGACGCCUGUGUAGUGCUCGGACACUUCGAUAGUGACGCUUUCCGUGCACUGUUGGCCAACGUCACCAGGCUCGUUGAGGAUGACCUUCCCGACGCCACCAUCAACCAGCUCAACAGGAUCAUGUACUGCCUGCGAUUCGAGCACGCCAAAUUCGUGGAGGAGUCGCCACCUAGCAUGCAGACCUUGAUCGGCCUCUACCAGGGGCACUUUUUGGAAGCGCCGCCGAAAGAGCCGCGUGAUGCACUGUACGAGUGUCUCGAGAUGAUGGAGGCCGAGUACGAACGAAAUGCAUCAAUAGGACCGUAUCGCAUCGAUGCACUGAUUAACGGGGUGAUAGCGCUUGACUUACUCAGCGAAGCAGCAUUGUGCCCACUGACGCAGCACCCGCUCGGGUCGGUGCGCUUGAAAACAAGGCACCUAAAGGCCAUGGGAUACACGCACACUACACUGCCGAUAAAAGAGUGGUUAGCUGGUUAG